AUGAAAGCAAAACUGACGCGUUGUGUGUCAAUUUUAUUGUUUCUGGUCAUUUUGAACAAGUGCAAGGGGCGCGGGGUUGAGGCAGUUGGACAGGCGCUGAUACAAUUAAGUCACGAUGAUGAUUUGGAUGAUAACUAUCCGGAAAUCAAGGAUGAGGUGCAUUUGGAGGAUUUCUUCUGGACGGGUUCAGGCGACGGGCCGCCCGACUAUCUGAAGAAGGUGCACACAGGCAUCAGCAAGGGCAAGGAUGUGAUAGUCAAGACGGAAACCGUGGUGGCCACCGUCUACGUGGAUGGCAACAAUGAAAUCGAGAUACCGAUUUGUCUGGACUGCAGGCCUGAUGAUGGUGGCGGCAAUUGGGAUUUGGGUGCACCUGGCAUGCCGCCACUGAACUACUCCUCAACGGAUCGCCGCUAUUGGCUGCUGACUGUCAUGUCUGGGUUCUAUACGGCCAGGGAUAAUCCCAUGCUGGAGGAGAGGCUGGCGCGUCUAUAUCGGUUGGCUUUUACUAGACAGCAGACACGCCACCUGGGCAUAAAUGGAGCACAACAAAUUGCGGGCGUUUCUAUAGAAGCGUCACGUGAGCGCCGCCAGCCGGGGCCAGACAUAAGCAGUACGACCACCUCCUGGCCGGGCGAUGAUGUCGAAAUACUCGAUAUGCAGGUGGAUACAACGCAUCAAAUCAAAACAGUGUGGGCGGCGGGUGCGGAGCCCGAAUGGGCAGUCGCUGACUCAGCAGAGUCAAGUGAGUCGCCACUGAGCAGCUCCACGGUGGCAACAACAGCGACAGAGUCCAUGGACUACAGCGCAUAUGUAACGCUUAUCCCCUGGGAGCUAAUACAGCAGAAUGGCAAGUCGGAGAAGUUGCAGGAAAUGCGCGAGGCGUUGUUGAGUCAACAACAGCAAGAGGAGCAGCAACAACAACAACGACAACAACAGCCACUCUAUAGGGAAGACCGAGUGCGGGUUGUUAUACACAACAUCACGCAAGUCAGCGAAUCGGAGCUGCUUAAGUGGAACAGCUCGGCUGGCAAUGUGGCUGACUCCGAUGCGUAUGUUAACCUCAAAUUCCAUGAGCGACCUGUAGCCAAUCAAACGGAACUCAUCUAUACGGUUCUUGUGAAUGGGCGACCAGUUUUGGCCACCACAGCUGCUAAGGACAUGGAACUGGUUAGCGAGGCGGAGGCAGUCAGCACGCUGGGCAAGGCCAUAUAUAUGAAGUCUGAACCUUACAUUAGGGAGCCCACGGCUACUGCCUUGGCGCCGGUGCCACGCAGCGGACAGGCGGGCUUUUUCAACUCUGUGAAGAACAAUGUGGUGCUGGUGGUCAUUAGCUCUGUGGCCAUUCUGCUGUUGAUGCUGCUACUGGUGGCCAUCCUGUUGCUGGGACGCACACGUGCUCGCCAGCGUGAGCUCAGUGCGGUAAAUAGAACCUCCUCGCGCAACGAGCUUUUAUCAGAGGGUCAGUCCAUGCGACCCAGCUCGCGUGGCACUUUGCUGGACAGCGCUGCGGGUGGCUCUGCUCCUAAUCCCGGUGAUCAGAGCACCACACGGUCUCGGGAUGUGGGCGUGCAAAACUUUUCGUACGAGCGAGAGCCACGCAUCAGUUUUCCGGCACCGCCAGCUAAGGCACACACGCGUACACGGCGUGAUUCCAUUUCCUCAACGGAUAAUACCUCCGACUCUUCAGUUUAUUGUCCCAUUAAUCCGCCCAGUGCCGAUGUGCAGCGUAUAUUGGACGACAAGGCGUCGCGCCUAUUUGACGGGCACAAGCGACGGCGGCAUCAGUAUGACCGUGCUGAGGGAGGACUCGAGGAUACCAUAUAUGCCUCGGUGGUGUCUGAGAAGAAGGGCGACAAGUCGCGCCACAAGUCGAAGCGUCGCUAUUUAAAUGAAAAUCGCGUUGGGUCGCUGGAAACCAGUCCGGUGCAGGGCUCGUUGGGUCAAAGCAACUCUUCCACGGAAGAGGGUAACUCGCCGGCUGCCACGCGUCGCGGCUAUGAGAACUUUCAGCGCAAUGAGGCCUACAAUCCGCACAACAAUUACCAUCGCAAUAAGCUGCUACAACAGCAAACUAUCUUUACGGAUAAGGAGUAUCCGGAGGAUGAUACCGUUGGCUCCCCAGAAGCCAUCAACAGGGAGAUGAUACGUUCACGCGGCGCACAACCAUCGGAGAAGUCUUCAGAUACGGCCAGUGUGGGCUCCUUUCUGUCCAUGGCUUCGGUACGCGCCUUUCCCAAGAGCACACUGCCCGAGCCACUAAAUCGCGUGCUGGAUCCCGUUUUUGUCACCUACUACGACAAUGUGAAUGCUGUGGCACCGCAAACCGCAACAGCACCGCCGCAACAGAACUCCACCAGAUCCCUGAAGUCACACAAAUCCCUUGGGAGCAGGGAUAGCACCAUAGCGACCAUUGCCAGUUUUCCCAGUCCAAAGGCGCCACCUCCAGUACGGAAUGUGCGUUCCGCUUCGCACAGUGAUAAUCCGGAUCCGGGUUGUGUGGGCCCCGUCGUCUGGGAGCGGCACAAGAAACGUCUCAGCAGCAGCGCUGACAACCAGGAGGCCCGGAGCUAUGCUGACUUUAGCCCCAGUCCCAUGCACGAUGCUUCCGCCAUACGCAACCACUAUGAGGGCUUAUUGGAGGGCGCCAUGCAGAUGUACGCCAGCCAGGAUGAUCUGCCCAUGCCACUGCCCUCGCGUGAUUUUACCAACAAGCGACGUACCACAAAACGCGAGCAUCGCGGCUCUUCCGCCGGCUUGCCCAGCAAUCCCCCAAAAGCAUAUAACACUGCGGAUCGGCCGGCCACUGCACAGCCGGAGAAGACACCAAAAUCGGCCCAAUCCACGCAGCCGCCAUCGCCCACCUACAGCGCUUGGGGCAGCAGUCUGCACGGCUCCCACUCACCGCUGGUGCGGCCACUGAGCGCUGGUCCCUUUCUGCGGCCUGAAACUAUUUUGGAGAUUUCCCGAGGAGCACUUAUCACCUCCAGCUCCACAGCAAAUACGCCGGGACGUGAGCGUAAGGCAUCGGCGCCUUCGGCCGCGCCACUUAUCGAGGCCAUUCAAAGCGAACUGCGCAAGUUCAAGCAGCAGAAGGAUUAA